CCCUAAAUUUCUUCGACGAUCGUCUUGACAGAGCCAAGAAGUUUGUGUUUAGACUGUGACGGAGCCAAGAAGUUUGACAGAAAACGACAUUACCAGAUAAUACAACGCCACAUAACAUAACAAAAAAUGACCGAAAUUAACGAGGCUGCUGUUGAAAAACCAGUGGCUGCGGUCAACGCCAUCGAAGAAGAAAAACCAAAGUUCCAGUGGAGAGUGGUCGAUAACCACUCGCCUCCAGAAAUAUACAACUGGAGAUUAUACCUCUGUAUCGCGGUGUUUGGGUUAUUGGGAAGUUUGCGUGGAGUGGACGAAGGUAACACUGCCUCAACCUCCUUGCCAUCUUUCCGGGCCAAGUUUGGCUUGGACGACCCCAACAAGAGUGAGGGUGCUAUUUCCAACUUGACGUCCAACAUCAAGUCCAUGGUCCAGUUAGGAUCUAUUUUGGGUGCCUUGAUUUCCACCUUUUCGGUUGACAAGUUGGGACGGGUCAAAUCUCUUCAGUUGGCAUGCGUGCUCAUGGUGGUUGCCGCUGUUAUCCAGAUGACUUCCAAAAACAUCGGCCAGUUAUACGCUGGGAGAUUCUUGGAAGGUGCUUUGUCGGUUGGGUUGACGGUUGCUAUUGGCCCUCCAUAUAUGUCUGAAGUAACACCUAAAGCCAUCAGAGGUAUGGCUGGAUGUGUGUUUGCUGGUGCUGUGUACUUUGGAAUCAUGAUCAGUUAUUUUGCCGUAUACGGUUGUGUGACCACCAUUUCUGACGAUAGUAAUCUCCAGUGGAUCACUCCUUUGUGUGUUAAGAUUAUUGUGCCAGGUGUCAUUUUAGUUGGGUCAUUCUUUGCCAUCGAGUCACCCAGAUGGCUUAUCAAAACCGGCAAGAACGAAGAGGCUUUGAAAGCCUUGGCCCGCUUGAGAAAUUUGUCUGAAAGUCACCCUUUUAUCAUUGGGGAAAUCACCGAUAUUACUGAAUCUGUGCACCAGGAAUUGGAAGCAAAGAAGUACAACAGUUUCUUGGGGUUGUUCACGAAAUUGGUCAGAGUUAAGUCUUUGAGAUACAGAUUCUUCGCCUUGGGAUGUAUGGUGCAAAUCUUGGGUCAGUGGUCGGGAGCCAACUCCAUCACAAUUUAUGCUGCUGACUUGUUUGCAUUUAGUGGAAUCAAAGGUAACGACCAGUUGAAGAUGACGGCUAUUUUGGGGGUGGUCAAGUUUGUGGCUGCAUACCUCGGGGCUUUUUUCGUUAUCGAUUUUAUCGGAAGAAGAAAAACCAUGUACUUGGGUCUUGCUUUCCAAGGGCUUUCCAUUUUGUACUUUGCCUUGUUCUUGGUGAUUGUACCAGAAGCAGCAAAUGAAGACACUAUUUUGGUUGGUAGUAAAUUCAGAGCUUCCCAGGGAGCCAUGGCAGCCUUGUACUUGGGUGGUGUUGGAUGGGUUAUUGGCUUCAAUUCCUUGCAGUACUUGAUUGGUUCUGAAAUCUUCCCAUUGAACAUCAGAACCUUUGCGCAGUCGUUGAUUAUGGUGUUGCACUUUGCCAACCAGUACGGUAACUCGAAGGCCGUAGCAAAGAUGUUGAUAGCAUUGAAGCCUUACGGUACCUUCUUUUUGUUUGUUGCGGUCAACGUUAUUUCUUUGGCCUGGGCUUGGUUCUUUAUUCCUGAGCUCAGUGGAAGAUCUUUGGAAAGUAUGGAAGAAAUGUUCAACUUGCCAUGGUACCAGAUUGGUAGAAACGGGCCCAAGUUGUGUCCUGAUCAUUCUGAAAUCAACAAGAUGGACUAUUCUAAGGGUACUUUGAGAUACCUUGAUGAAAAACCCUCAGAAGAAUUCUAUGAAGACGGGGUUAAGGUUGAGCGUCGUUUCUCGGAAGAAAAGGAGGACGAUGACGAAUAGACGACUUAUUUAUAAAUCUAGUACGCCAACAUGGAUGCUAGUAUUUGGGACUUGAUUUAGGAUAGCGACCUUUUUUACGUAAUCAUAAUGCAAAUGUGACUUUAUAG